AUGCCGUACUACAGUAGAAAACCUGCGCCCAUCUCGUUAGAGACGGCACUGGAGGAAGAACGCCGGGAGUUACUGCGGGAGUCGGGGGAAGGCAACCACACUAAUUCCUCUUGGUACCCACGCCGGAGCAUGCUGGACAUCGCUCCCAGUCCAGGCUUUGUCCCUCCCCGGCAUGGCUCCAUCGCCGGCAUUGGAGUGGGCGUGACUUCCCCCUCGGGCCGCAAUUAUCACCAUCACUACAAUUCUUAUCCCGCUUCCAAUACUACCACCACUACUACCUCUGCUCCCCGCCGCUCUUCGACCCCCACCACUUCCACUGCAUCAUCUCCCACCACUUCCUCUAAACCUCCUCCCCUCCCUCCCUCCUCGACCACUUCGUUGGUGGCUCCUCCGUUACCACCGGCACCGAGGAAAUCCUCCGUUCAGUCCGACAGCAGCGACAAGUCCGGAGGCCCCCAAGCCGCAACCACAACCACGCACAAAUCAGGCCCUAGCAUUCGCUGGGAUUCCUCUCUCGAUAUGCCUCCCAGCGCCCGUCGUGCCAGUCAAUCUCAGGAGAAGCCUCCGGCCGCUUCCUCCUCGAAUCGUCUGCCAAGCAUGGCCGCCGUGAUGUCAGGCCUCGACAUCAAGGUUGGGUUCCCGAGCUUUGUCAGAGGUCGGGACUCUGGCCGCAGUUCCUCAUCCCGAGGCAACUCGCUUGACUCGCGAACUCCGGCGCUCCGCUCGACCCGCUCCAGUUCGCCAAAGCGUCGCUGGCUGAGCCCCGGUUCACGCAAUCAGUCGGUCGACACCGCAAAGCCUAUACUUGAAAGUCCGAAGGAGAGCCCGAAUGAGAACCCGAUGGAAAAGCUGAAAGAGAUCCCGCCUCCACCAGCUCCUCAAUCCCCACCAGAGGCGGAUGCCAAUUCCUCGGCUCCCGGAGAGCAGCGGCUCGAAAAGGACCACUACGACAGCGAGAACAAUCCGAUCGAGACCAGUGACGAGGACGGUGACGAAAUGUCUUCCAGCGAUGAUGAGAGUCCGGAUCGCGAGUCGGAAGAGAACAAACGAGGGCGGAAAGAGACGGUCGACCAUGAACCUGCCAGGAUCGCUCCGCGCACGACAACAAAGACGGCUCCGGUAUUUCAACCCAGCAACAACUCCACAGGGAAGUCUGAGUUGAUCCACUCAGCCAAGACAGGCCCCGUCUCGAAGCCUGAUGUCCGCCCCCGAACGAGCUUCGACUCCGCCUCAGCGACCAACACCCCAUUCGGCUCGGAGGACGAGGCAGAGUUGUGCGACAUCAAACGCGCUCAGAAACUCAGCAUUGAAAUGUCUGCGAUCGAUAGCUCGGUGCACAACCGAUCAAUCCGGACGAUCAUCCGCGGCGACUAUCCCAGCAUACACGAAGAGGAAGGCGCUCGUCGCCGCCAGCGCAAGUAUCUGGUGACGACUGACCUCAGUGAGGAAUCGGUGUAUGCUCUGGAGUGGACAAUUGGUACCAUUCUGCGGGACGGCGAUACAAUGUUUGCGGUCUGUGCCAUGCACGACGAGACCGCUACUCCGGCAGCCGUGCAGAUUGGGGAUGGGGCCAAAGCCAUGCAGGAUGCUGCUGCGGUGGUCGGCUCGCAAACGGCCGAGACGGCGGCGAAAUCCCAGAAUGAUUCCAGCUCGCACCUCCCUCGAACCUUCUUCAAUCGCUUAGGGACCGGCACGGACAGCAAACCGGGCUCGGUCGAUGCACGAGGCAUGUCCAAGGCGGAAUCCGAGCGCGUGCGGGCGGUGGAGGUCAUUUCGCAGACGUGCGUGCGUCUCUUGCGAAAGACGCUACUGCAGGUGCGCGUGGCGGUGGAGGUGAUUCAUUGCAAGAGCCCGAAGCACAUGAUCACCGAAGCUAUUGAUGGAUUGGAUCCUACGCUGGUCAUUGUUGGGGCCAGAGGACGAAGUGCACUCAAAGGGGUGGUCCUCGGAUCGUUCUCGAAUUACCUGGUCAUGCAUUCAUCGGUACCGGUGAUGGUGGCCCGCAAGAAGCUGAAGAAACAAACCAAGAACAAAAAGAUGAACGUCCGUCUUUCCAACAAUCUAACGACGCCCAAGAAGCUAGCGUUGGCCAAAGUGGACUGAAUGACUGCAAUUUGACCUUUUCUCCAUGUGCUUUCUCCGUUCUUUGUUUUUGCACACGAUACCAUGACGGUUUGACGGCGGUUUGGCGU